GCAACGAUCAACUUAAGUUUAGGUAUUUUGUGCAACUGCAUUGGAUUGGGACAAUGCAAGAUUUGUCAUCAAUAUCGUUCCUUGAUGGAACCGAGUCAAGUUGUGCGGGGGAAGCUGGUGAUAAAUGACGUCAUGGCAGUUCCUUUUCCAACAGCUGAACCGAUGAUGGGGAUUCGUAUUCAAAUGCCCUGGCAGUGGUUGCAGAACCCUCACUACCUAUAGCUGUUCAAAGCUGCAAGUCUAACCACUAAGAGCCAGAUGAGAGAGAUAGCAUACUAUACUCAUUGGAAUUAAUUCCAUGGAACCGGGUUCAUACGAGAAUGAAACAAACGACCUCACUGUGAUGUCAGCCGCAGGCGGCGAACUUGACUUGACCAUUGAUAUAUUAUCUAUCAAACCCUCCAGGAAGUCGUACCAUGAGAUGAUUUCAUGAUUCUCUGUACUACUCGAAUUUACUGACUACAUAUCAUUGAUCCACAACAAUGGCAGCAACAACCCAGGCUGCUAAUUUGGUCGAGAAGCUGGUCGGACACAGUGACAAUGCCACCGUCACCACGGAUGUGAGCAAUUAUGCCAAGGGAGAGAGUGGGGAAGAGACCGGAGAGAAGAUCAAAGCCACCAUCUGGCAGGGCAAAAACACCGUUGAGGUGGUGGAAAUGCCCAAGCCAAGAGUUAUCGAUGAAGGGGACGUGAUUGUGAAGAUCACCGGUAGCACGAUCUGUGGAAGCGAUCUCCACCUUUAUCAUGGUGUUGUUCCUCAACUCGAAAAAGGUGACGUGCUGGGACACGAAUUCUGCGGCGUUGUGGACAGCGUCGGACCCGGAGCAAAGAAUGUCAAGGUCGGAGAUAGGGUGGUGGCAUCUUUCCCUAUCGCCUGCGGCCAAUGCACGAACUGCAAGAAAGAGCUGACUUCGGCCUGUGAACGGACCAACGAAAACACCAUCACUAAUGCCAUGUAUGGGAAGCGCACUGCAGGUAUGUUCGGCUACAGCCAUUUCACGGGUGGCUUCGCUGGAGGCCAAGCUGAAUAUGUCCGUGUGCCAUAUGGCGAUCAGAACCUGCUGGCACUUCCCGAUGAUGUCCCUGAUGAGAAGGGUUUGUAUCUCUCCGACGUCCUUGCCACAUCGUAUCACUGUGUGGUUGACACCGGAGUCGACAAGGGCGAUGUGGUUGCCAUUUGGGGUGCAGGGCCGAUUGGUCAAAUGGUGGCCAGCUUCAGUUUUAUGCAGGGCGCCAGUCGAGUGAUCCUCAUUGACGGUGGCGACGCAGCGUGGCGCUUGGACUUUGUCAAGAGUAAGUUGCCCAAGGUGGAAACGAUCGAUUUCACUAAGCUGCCGCGUGGUGAAUCCAUAACCUCCCAGUUGAAGAAGGUGGUCCCCGGUGGACCGGAUGUGGCGUUGGAAUGUGCAUCGGGAGAGUUCGCAAAGGGAUGGGCGCACUACUUCGAGGUUCUCCUGGGAUUGGAGACUGAUACCUCGGAGAUGUUGAACGAGAUGAUUACAUCCGUCCGGCCAUUUGGACGGGUUGGCGUUACCGGGAUCUACACUGGCUUUACCAACCACUUCAAUAUUGGUGCUCUGAUGCAGACUGGCAUCCGCUUGAUCGGCAACGGUCAAGCUCCCGUGCACCGCUACUGGAAGCAUCUUCUGGAACUCAUCCGCAAGGGAGAGAUCAACCCCUUGGACAUGGUCACGCAUCGAGUACGUCUAGAAGACAUGUCUAGACUGUACGAGCUAUUCAAUAGCCGCGAGGGAGGCAUCCAGAAGGUGUUUGUCGCAACCAAGCAUUCAUUCCCCCCAGCCGAAGGAGCGCCUGCUCUGGUUGAUUUGUGAUAUGCUUGGGGGGUUCACGGACGUAUAUUGACAGCUUUCAUGUUUAUUGUAUCAAGGAUGACAGUGUAUGACUCCAAACUGUAUACUGUAAUGUGCAAAUGAAAUCUAAUCCGCAUGCAUACGACGA